UCACGCACAAAUCCCCACUGCACGUCGCCGCUGCUCGCCACCUGCCGUGAGCACUGGCUGAACCUCUGCCCACCGCUGGGCGUAUAGAGGCAGGAAGCGAGAGAGAGAGAGAGCCCACCCCACCCAUGGAGAGUUCCCACCGCCUGCUCCUCGUGGCCGGCCUCCUCGCCGCGGUGCUCCCGGCGGUGGCCGCCGUGUUCGGGCCGCAGUUGGGGGCUCCAUGCGAGCCCACCCUGCUGGCGACGCAGAUCGCGCUCUCCUGCGUGCUCGACAUGCCCACCGCGCACUGCUGUGAGCCGGUCGUCGCCGCCGUCGACCUCGGGGGCGGCGUCCCCUGCCUCUGCCGCGUCGCCGCCGAGCCGCAGCUUGUCAUGGCCGGCCUCAACGCCAGCCACCUCCUCACGAUCUACAUCACCUGCGGUGGUCUCCGUCCCGGAGUCGCCCAUCUUGCAGCAGCCUGCGAAGGACCCGCUCCCCCGGCCACCGUCGUCAGCAGCCCCCCAUCCCGACGCCCCUCUCCUGCACCUCGCCGCAAGAAGGCAGCACAUGAUGCACCUCCACCGCCGAUGUUGAGCCGGAACGCCUAUUUGUCCUUUCAACAGCACCACCGGGCCUUCUUGGCCAACAAUACGGGGUAUGAUGUGUGUGCCCAUGCCAAAAACCUUGCUAACGACAUCGGUACCGAGUGCGGGCUAUACCCCUCGAGUGAGUCGUGCUGUUCGAUAUUAAAGUUUACAAUUCCCAGCUCCGAUGCUUUGGUUUGCUUGUGUGCUCUCGCUGAAAACAUUGGCGUUAAAGAAACCGGAUUAGAAAUUGGCGACGUCAUCAAGUUCUACGCGCACUGUAUGGGGCUUCGUCCCGAAGACUUUCGUCUACCAGCCGCAGGGUGCAGCCAAGUGCUGAACACUCCACCGCUGGAGGGACGAACACCUCCACCAUCACUGGCUGCAGGCAUUACAUCGCUGCCCCAGGCUCGGCUCUCAUCAUCGAACCAGCAUGUGCUUGCAAUUAUCUUAGCGGUUACCUUGUUUGUGCUUGUUGUGAUUGUUGGAGCGCUAGUGGUUCAUUUUGUGUGGAAGGGCAAUGGUUGGUCACAGUUGACAUUGGCGGGGGCUGCAGGGGAGUUGCUGCUGCAGGAAAUUCGGAAACAAGAGAUGAAGUAGUAGACCAGGGGAGGAUGCCAAGAAGAAGAUUAGUUUAUUACCCUCCGCAGUUUAUUAUCCUAGUAGUCCACAGAAUCAGUUUCACUGAGUAGAAGAAACCAGAAUACCCUCAGCAGUCGUCCACAUGAUCUGUUAAAAUGUGUACUUGGCAUUUUAAAUGAGCAGAAGAAAACCAGAAUUAUUCUCUGGUCA